CCGUCUCUCCUGACACUAUGGGCCGCUAUCGUGUUGGUGUGGAAACUGGGAGCUCUGUCUUCGCGGGGUCUAACAAUCAGGUUCAGCUGUGGCUAGUCGGAGAGCACGGGGAGGAGGCGCUGGAGCUGCGGUUGCGACCGUCUCGGGGAAAGGUAAAGGAAUUUAAUGCAGAAGUCUCGAAGAUCCUGGGUCCCCUCCUGUUCGUGAAGGUGUACAAACGUCGCCUCCUCACGGAAGACAACUGGUUUUGCAACCGAAUCACCGUGCAAAGCCCCAACGGAGUGGAUAGACCGUGCUAUCGCUGGGUGCUGGGUGAAGGCAUCGUCUGCCUCCCCGAAGGCACUGCCCGGACAGUCAGGGAUGACCCCCAGGGAUUCUUCAAGACCUACAGAGAGGAAGAGCUAAAGGAGAGAAGGAAGCAGUACAGUUGGCACUCCUGGAAGGAUAAUGUAAUCCGGCCAGUCUCUGGGGCUACUCUGUCUGAUCUUCCUUUGGAUGAGAGAUUUCAUGAAGACAAGAGAAUUGACUCUGAGUGCUCCCUGGCCAUGGGGCUUAAAGACCUUGCCAUCAAGGACACUUUAAACAUCCUGAGUUCCUGGAAGAGCCUGGAAGAUUUCAACCGAAUUGUCUGGGCUGGUCAGAGUAGGCUGGCAGAGAAGGUUUGGGAUUCCUGGAAGGAUGAUGCAUUCUUUGGGUACCAGUUCCUAAAUGGUGCUAACCCCAUGAUCCUGAGACGAUCUACUGAACUCCCAACCCGACUGAAGCUGCCUGUCGGCUCAGAGGAGCUUCAAGCAGAGCUAGAAAGCCAUCUCCAAGAAGGCUCACUCUUUGAAGCUGACUUCUCUCUCCUGGAUGGGAUUCAGGGCAAUGUAAUCCUCUGCUGCCAGCAGUACCUGGCAGCUCCCCUGGUCAUGCUGAAGUUGGAGCCGGAUGGGAAACUGCUGCCCAUGGCCAUCCAAAUCCAGGCACCCUCCUUGAGCACCCCAACACCACCGGUGUUCCUGCCCUCUGAUCCGCCCAUGGCAUGGCUCCUCGCCAAAGCCUGGGUCAGAAGCUCAGACUUCCAGCUUCACCAACUACAGUACCAUCUGCUGAGAGGACAUCUGAUGGCUGAGGCAAUCUCUGUGGCCACCAUGAGAUGCCUCCCAACACUGCAUCCCAUCUUCAAGAUCCUGAUCCCUCACCUUCAUUACACCAUGGAGAUCAACAUCAGAGCCCGGACAGGGCUUGUCUCUAAGGGGGGAGUAUUUGACCAGGUAGUGAGCACUGGUGGCGGAGGACAUGUCACUGUACUCCAGAAAGCAGGGAACAGUCUGACCUAUAGAUCACUCUGUCCACCCAAUGACCUGGCUGAUCGGGACCAUGCUCACGAUGCCCUCCGGCUCUGGGACAUCAUCAAAAGGUAUGUGGUGGGGAUAGUCCAUCUCUACUAUGCAGGGGAUGAGGCUGUGGAAAAUGAUCCUGAGAUACAGGCUUGGUGCAAAGAGAUUACUGAGGUUGGGCUUCAUGGAGCCCAGGACCGGGGUUUCCCCACCUCCUUCCAUUCCAAGGAUGAUCUCUGUUUCUUUGUGGCCAUGUGCAUCUUCACUUGUACCGGCCAGCACUCCUCUGUCCACCAGGGACAGCUGGAUUGGUAUGCCUGGGUUCCUAAUGCCCCAUGCACUAUGCGUAUGCCCCCACCCAGUGGAAAGGAUGUGACGCUGGAGAUGGUGAUGGCCACUCUCCCCAAUGUCCACCAGGCAUCCCUCCAGAUGUCUUUAACAUGGCAACUUGGUCGAACUCAGCCAGACAUGGUUGCCCUGGGACAGCACAAAGAAGAGUACUUCUCAGGAUCUGAGCCCCGGGCUGUGCUGAAUUGUUUCAGGGAAGAUUUGGCCAUCCUGGACAAGGAGAUCGCAGAGAGGAAUGCUAAGCUGGAACCACCCUAUGAGUACCUGCAGCCAAGCCGGAUCUGAGCUCUGCCGCUCCUUCCAACCAGCCUUCUCAAGCUCACCAGCGUUCCUCUGACAUCUUCACUUAGGUCCUAGCCCUCUGUAAGCAUUCUCUAGCCCAUUUCUGAGCCCUCUCCUUAAAGCCCUCAGGCUGGAAGAGAGGGCAAGAUAAAUAAAGCUUCUGCUGCACUGAAAUGAUCACUAGA